AAGCAAGAGAGGAAAACAACCACAAAUAUCUGCUCUUCACCUCUGACAGCUGCUUCAGUUCCAACAAAUAAUACAGAAGCCAAGAAUACCGCUUACAUCGGUAUGUCUUCUCGUUCCAUGUCAUGGUACUGUUCUUGGGAGGCGAGGCAUGCAUCGUUCUAGACACGGAGGAGCUGUUGUCCUGUUGUCCGUGGUUAGUGCUAGAAUUGAGGCAUUAGAUCGUAAAGUCCAAGAGCUGGCCUAUUCCACGACUUGAGAUGAGCCAGCAACCAACCAUUCCACAAGAGAUCAUCGAUUUUCACAUCAUCAGCAAACUAUCCCAGGAUCUGCCGGCAUUGCGAGCUUGCGCCCUGGUCUGUCGUGCAUGGCGCAUUCCCGCCCAAAAUCGUCUCUUUUUCCACGUCGAACUUGGCUGCCCACUAGAUUCGGAUAAAUCGAAUUGCGAUGACUUUCGUCGCGUCCUGGUAUACUCCCCCCAUCUCGCGUCCUACGUCCGAGUCUUGGACUUGGCUGAUGGAAUGGGCAGCCGGAAAUGGAUGACCAGGUCGAAGCAGCAUUUAUCCGCGAUUCUUCCCCAGCUCGUUAACCUGAUUAAAAUCGAGGUCAGAUUCAAUUCGAUUGAAACUUCAUGGAGCGACAUUUCUACCUUACAAGAUCCCCUUCGUCGACUCUUCCAGCAUCCCCACGUCGAGAGGAUUCUCCUACGCGGACUUUCGAAGUUGCCUGACUGGGACGCGCUUUUCGGGAUGUUGACAGGCUGUCGUGCCGGCCACGUUAGACUGUAUCACGUCACGCUUGAUCCGCGCACAAGAUCAAGUCGUCGUCGGAACGGUCCCGCAGUUCGACGUCCCAAGUGUACCAUUGGUACACUCGACGUAAACCUCACUGCCGACGAAAUGGAGGAUUUCGCGUUUUGGGCGAAUAAUCCUCGGUCGUGUAUGGAUAUCUCUGGUCUCCGAAGAUUUUGUUAUUACGGAUUAGAAGUGGGGGAGUUUGCGGCGUGCAAUAACGUCCUGAAUGCAGCCGCCUUCAGUUCGCUCGAUACUUUCGAACUGCGAAUCGAGGAUCCCUACACGUACAUAACCACGCCAAAUUUUGUACCCCUCGCUAUAGGUCGGCUGCGCCAUUUUCAGAUCACCUUGGAGGAUACGUUCGAAAGCCGGGCAAUCGUUUUGUGCAAUUUGGUACAGUGGUGUACUCGACUCUUCGAGAAUACAGGGCCGAACACCAUCGAGGUGGUGACCCUAUCAUUUGCGCAGUGGGCUACUGAGCACAGAGAUUUAGACCAACAGUUGGCUGAAUGGAAUGCUCUUGAUGCGAUGCUGCUGCGUCCGCACAUGCACGCUCUUCGUCACGUUACUCUCGUAUCCGAUAGCGAGUUUGCCCAUGAUCGGAGAGCGGCACAGGCAUUUUUAGGAUCUAGAGUGGCUGAUAUGUUCCCUCUGCUUAGAGCCAGGGGGAUAUUACGCGUAGUAUGAGGAUCAGGUGCGUGUCGUACACGCUGGAAUCUUCGGAUUGUAUCUGUUU